AUGAGUCUUAAUAGUGAGAAAACCAUUUCAACAUUUUCUAGACUACUACAAAAAACCAUAGAUUUGGAAAAACGACAAGAAGAAUUGAAAGCAGAAAAGGAUGAAUUGAAAGCAGAAAAAAAUGAAUUGAAAAAUAUAUAUGAAAAAAAAAAUUAUGAAAAGAGCACAGAAUUAGAACAACGACUUGAGGAGUUGAAAAGAAAACAUGAAAAAGAAAAGGAUGAAAUGAAAAGGAAAUUUCAAGAAGAAAAAGAUGAAAUGAAAAAUAAAUUUGAAGGAAAAAAAGAUGAAAUGAAAAAUAAAUUUGAAGAAGAAAAAGAUGAAAUGAAAAAUAAAUUUGAAGAAAAAAAAGAUGAAACGAAAAAUAAAUUUGAAGAAGAGAAAAAAGAAUUGAAAAAGAAGUUUGAAGAAGAGAAAGAAGAAUUGAAAAAGAAAUUUGAAGAAGAGAAAGAAGAAAUGAAAAAGAAACAUGAAGAAAUGAAAACGAAAUAUGAAAAAGAAAAAGAAGAAAUGAAAAAGAAAUUUGAAGAAAUGGAAAAGAAAUUUGAAUCUUUAAAAUGA